AUGAAGGAUUUCUACGCCUGCGCGGCGAGGCGGCCGGGUACCACGGCCAGAGGCGAGCGGCGCGCAUGCACCACCCGGCUGCGCAAGCCGCGCUUCUCGUUCGAAGAGAACCAGAUCCUGAUCCGGGAGGUGCGCGCCCACUACCCGCAGCUCUACGGCGCGCAGAGCCGUCGGGUGAGCGUGGCGGAGCGGCGGCGUGUGUGGGACGGCAUCGCAGCCAAGAUCAACGGCAUCACCAGCUGGAAGCGCACUGGCCAGGAGGUACAGAAGCGCUGGAACGACUUCAAGCGCCGCACCAAGGAGAAGCUGGCCCGCGUGCCGCACUCCACACAGGGUGCUGGGGCCACCUCCGAGGACGCCUUCUCUGCCGAGGAGGAGACCAUUUUUGCCAUCCUCGGGCCAGGUGUGGCGGGGCCAGGAGCUGGUGCAGGGGCUGAGCAGCCCCCUGCAGCUGCCUCCUCACAGCCACUGGCCCCCAGUGCUUGCGCCCAACGCUACGUGUUGUCAGACGACCGCAGGGAAGACCGCAGGGCAGAUAUACCAGCCCACAGCAAGGGGGGCUCCAGCAGCCCGGAGCCCUGGGCCCGGCCCUCCUGCAAUCCCCAGGAACGGGGCUGCCCACCACCCAAGGAGCGUGAGUCCUCGCCCCCUCCAGCCCUGCAGACCAUCCAGCUGCCCCGUCUGGCCUUGUCUCCACCACCUCCGGUCCCUCCACCUCCACCCCAGCAACCGCAGCAGGUCCAAGUGGCACCCUUGCCCCCCAGUCCUCCACCCCCUCCACUGCCUCUGCCCACACCCUCAGCCCCAGACCCCUCCCUGGACUUCCUGCGGGCGCAGCAGGAGACUGCCAAUGCUAUCAGGGAGCUGGCUGGCACCCUGCGGCAGGGUCUGACCAAACUGAGUGAGGCCCUAAGUGCCCUGCUGCCUCUUCUGCCUGGAACCUCUGUUGAC